AUGGACGACGAUAAGCUGAGCAGUCUUAUUCAAAAAAUAGGGCACAACAUAGAUGACAUCCGAGAUAGGUCAAUGAUUAUGCUGAUACAAAAAUAUGAAAAAAGUAUAAUAAGCGAAACAGACUUUAAGAAAAGAAAUUAUUUCUUUGAUAUUAUUCUUCGUUACAUUAACGAUAGAAACAGCUCCAUUCCUUUGAAAGCGCUGAUCCAUAUUUUGGACUUCGUUCGGUGCAUAAUAGAGAAGGAUCAAGAUAUCAAAAGCAAAUUCGAACAAUUCGGAAUACAUGCAUUCACCAAGGAGUUCUUAACCCAUUUUAGAGAUAACGAAGACAGGUACAAAAAGAAUAGUGCCGCCAAAAAAUUAAAUGUACAACAUGACAUAGAUAAUAACUGCCUCAUAAACUAUGAGCAAAUGCAAAUGCAAAACAGUAACAAUGAAUAUAACCAGGUGGUCAGAAUUCUGAACCAGCUGAUUCGUACCUACAAUGGGGACAACCCAGACGACUUCUCAAAGUGGGACACUCAAAAAUAUGCACCUAAUGUUCACGUAAAUAAUACCCCCAAUGAUCUAAGUAAUGCAAAUGGGGAGGCCGAAUCGCCAGAAAGCAACGAAAAGCUAAACACACAAAAAACUCCCCAUAACAAAAACAACGUAACGGAAAAGACGAGCGACAUGAUAGAUUUAAAUAAAGAAGAAGGAGAAUACAAUGUUACACGAAAAAAAAGUUCCUCCAUAAAGGAGAAGACAUGUACUCCCCCCCGGAGGAAGGAACACUCACCUGAGAAGGCAAAAGAAAACACAAAAAAAAUCACCUCAAGUAGGCAGGACAAUACAGAUAGUACACUCUCACAAAAGGAUCUCCUAAAUAUAAGCCAAAUAAUGGAAAAAAAUAACUGCAUAAAUAUAUUUACAAAAAAUAAUUUUUCCAAAAGUGAAGAUUUCGAGUAUUACAACUCUUUAUAUGAAGCAAAAAAUGAAGUGAAUAAGAGGAGUAUAUAUUUGCUCCUAACCUAUAAGAUAUAUAAGGCGAACAAAAUAAGGGAAGGGCAUGAUAACUUAAAGCAUGGAUCGGUAUCUACACGGCGAAGUCUGCAAAGCUACUACAAUUGUGAUGAAUGUUAUUAUUCACACAUUUUGAAUAAGUACACAUUUUUCUACCUAUACAACUUCUUCGACUGCUUCGAUGUCUUCAGAAGGAACUUCCUAGACAUAAACGGAGUAGAACAUGCAAUCGAAGGGGGAGACCCCAUAAAGGGGGGUGUGAGAAAAAAUCAACAAGAUAGAAGCAAAGAGGGGGAAAAUUUCUUCGAGGAGUAUUUCACCUACUUAAAUAAUAAACACGUAUAUAACAAAAGCAUAAGCUACAAAAUAAAAAAUUACAUUAACAAAAUGAAUCUCCUGCAUUUCUACCUGAGCAUGAAGUUUAACUAUUUCGAAUGCUUAGGGAUGAAUAUAAUAAAAAAAAUAGUAAGCAUAGACGACUUAAUUUAUAUGCACAAAGAAGUGAACAAAAUUUUAAAUGAAUAUAUUUACAUUUUCAAUAAAGAUAUAUUUCUCUUUAACUAUAAAUUUGUGUACACACUUAGUUACAAUAUUCACUAUAUUUAUAAAAAUUACGUCGAAAAUAAUCAGGCACAAAAUGAAUUCCAUCAUAUGAAUAACCUUCUAAAUAGUCUAGCUUAUCUUAUUUUUAUAAUUAUUUAUAGCCUUUACAUAAGCGUAACCCAGAGUGGUGGUGGAUGCCUUUGUAACAACAUUCACAAUAUCUACCUUAAUAACUUUUUUUUCCUGAUUAACCAAAAUGUGUUUUACUUACUUUUGCUUCGAAAAGGAGGAAAAAGUUCCAACUCCUCCGCUGGAAAUCAAAUCGGUCCAGAGUUCAAGUAUGGCCAUAAUAGGAACAAGGUGAACAGUGCACAGGGAAAAGGCCCUCCUCAAUCCGAAAACAACGCAAACCAGACAAGUGGGACAGAUGACCUCAAUAGCAUAAACUCAUUUUACCUAAGGAAGAACGAAGAGAGGGCGAUUCGAAAAUCGGGCGAUAGCACCAGUGUACAUUUCAACGAGGGGGACACCUACUAUUACUUAUUCAUAACGAAAAAUAAUUGCGUCUAUUUUUUCAAAGUAUUAAUUUUCUUCAUGCUAGAAAUUUUAAAAUUUUCGCACUGCAAAAUUAGUAGCAUAAAGGAAAGAUGCACUACCCUCAACUUCCACAUAGACAAUUUUGUCGUCAUUUACAAUUUCCUGUGUAACGUUUUAGAAUACUACUUUGAUGAGCCAGGAAAGAAGAAAGACUCACACUUGGAGAUUCUCAUUGAUUACAUUGAAGAGAACAACUUACAUGGGCAUGGAGAUAAGAAGGCAAAACAAAAUGGGGCCCCCCAUAGGGAAUACCUUUCAGAAAAUUUAAGCAUCCAAGAGAUCAACAGUUUUUCUUCCUCCUCUUCCAACUCCUCUAGCGAUUUAAGAAAAAACAAAUUUCAAAGUAUUGAUAUGUUUACUAAUAGUGAUCUUCGGAAAACUUACAAAUACAGCCCUAAGCAAUUAGAGCUCCUGAAAAUCGUCUGCCUUUACAUAAACUACACUCCCGUGUCAUUCAUUUUGAUGAAAAAAAUACAACCCAAAUUAGUCGACCUGUUUAGACGGUUCCUCUUCGACAUGCACCUAAACACGCACCACUUAGAAUUGUUGCACUUUUUCAAAAUUUUUUUCUUCUUUUAUGAUUACGAAAUUUAUAAGGAGUACAUCGAUUUCCUGUGUUACUUUUACUCCUUGGCCAAUUUGUUUUUCCUCUACCGUGGUGUUGGUGGGGAUGGCGAUGUCAGUGCUGUUAUUGACGGUGUUGAUGGUUUUGGUUGUUUUCGCGGGUCCGCCUUCCGAUCAGAUAUCUCCACCUUCAUAAACACCAGCAAUAACAUCUCUCACUUUUUUUUCUUCGUCCCAACUAGUUACUGCGCCCUCAAUGGCUUUCUUCAAAAGUACCACACAGAGAACACCGCAACAGAUUUACCCGCCCCACAUGCCAACGAAAUGUUCUCAAAUCCUGCCGACGCAAAAAAUGAGCCAUCUCUUGAGCCCCUGGAGACAUUCAAAUCACAAGACUUUUUCGAUGCCCCCAAUUCGGAGAAAAUAAAAGAAACGGUAGAUGCACAUGGUAGACAUGAUAGUGAGGCAUCCCACUGCAUAAAGAAAUUUUGUCAUGUUUUGCUACAAAUAGAGGGAGACUACAAAAAGGAACCGUUAAAAAAUGGCCAGUGCAAAAAGGAGCGGUGCGAAAAUCAAAUGGACAAUUUCACACACCAAGAAUCACAUCAAGGUAGCGCCACUCAAGGGGACUUACCCAAAUUCGAUGCCCACUUUAUUGACAAAAUUACCCAAGUGCUAGUCGAAAACAGUCUCAGAAUACUCUUCAAUUCUCUUUCGCUUCUAUCCUCUGAAUAUAACAACCUCACAAAUUAUGUCCAGUUGGAUAAACAAGAAAAGGGAUCCAUGUACCAAUUCAUUGUUAACAAGUUAAAGGGUUGCAGAAAUAAAAUGUACAUACUAACUUUUAACCACAAAUUAGAAGGUAGAACAAAUGUUUCAGAAAAUAUUAAAUUCGUUGAACUGUUUAAAAACUUUGUCCUCCUCCUGCACAACAUCAUUUCGAUCAUGUAUAGCUACAACACGGAAAUUAUAUUUUUUCUUUUUAAUUUUAUUUUUAACAUUAAUUAUGAGAAGGGGUCCUUUGACUGGAAUAAUAAUGAACUAUCAGGGGAUCCCCAAGGCGCUUACCCCUUUGUCCAGAAUUACAACUACCAAAUGGGCUGGGGGAAUCAACGGGGGGACUUGUCCUAUGGGGAUUUCGAUCAUAAUACAAUUUCUGAAAAAAACAUCCAAAUGGGAAACGUUCCCAAAAAUGUACACAUGGCAGAUUAUAGCCAUUCGAAGACUAACCUAAUGAGUCAAAAUAAUUCCCACAACGUAGUCUACAGCCAUGGAAAGUCAAACCAACCCGAACCUCCCAAGGUGUAUGAAGACACUCAGUAUAUUAUCCCUAUCCUUCUUCAAAAGGAUAAUAAACAUGCUCAAAAUGAGGAGGAAAAUCAUUUCGUUCAAGAAAAGGGAAAUAAUUUACUAGGAACAGAUCCCUCUCAAAAAUAUACCUACAAAAAUGUGGACCAAUUCGACCAACAAGAAAGAAUCAAGUGGGAAUCCUCCGAAAGGGUGAACUCCAAAUUUGAUGGGAUGAAUCAAACCUAUGUGAACAAUUGGUCGAAUAAUGACAUACCUUGGAAAUACACUCCUCACGGAGGGAAGACGAAAAUAAAAUCCCGGGAUUUCUACACGAGGACAUUCCAAAUUAACGAAUUCGUUGACGUCAUAUACGAACUGUGCGUAUAUAGCAAAAAGGAAAUAAGAAAUUAUUAUCUCUUUUUUAUAAUAGAAAAUAUCAAGAAAAAAGUGGAAACCCUGUUUGAGUCUCUUAAGGACAAAGAACUGAAAGAAAAAAAGAGGCUCUUGUCAAAUAUUAAGCUUUCCUCCAAAGUCCUCCUUUUUUUGUACUACUCCAAAAAGAAGUACAUACUCUUGCUAGAGCAGGCCGCUUACAGCUCGUUCAACUUUUUGUAUGACCACCAUUUUGAGCCAAUCCUUGGGCGUAUAAACAAUCAUAACGGAAAGUGCGAUAGUGCCCCCCCCAUCAAUGGCAAUGGCAAUGGAAAUGACAACCAUAACGGCCAAGUUCCUCGUGUCACGGGGGGGAAACAGGCAACCGAACAGAAAGCACUCACCAGCCUCGCCUACUUCUACAAGAACGUAUUCCUAAACGUACACAGUUUAUAUUUCCUCCUUUUUCAAAGGAAGAAGAAAAAGAGGACCCUUUCUCUUAAAAUCAUGUGGAAAUUGCACCAUCAGUUUAGGCUAAAGUUCACCAAGUGGUGGGGCAAGACAAAGAAAGACGCCUCACCAAAUGGUACGAUGAAACGAGAGAAAAUUCAAAAUUGCAUCGAAGAGGCACAACAUAACAUUCGCGAAGAAGGUGAAGCAACGUCGAAGUAUGAAGGAGACACUGUAGGAAGCCACACACAUGAACCCAAUCGAGAAAACCAAAACCAUCAUCAACAGAAGCAAAAUAAUCAGUGCCAUAACACCUUUAACUACUCAAACGACUGGAAAUUUAACACCAAUAUGUUGAACAUGUACAUAAGCCACUUUGUACUUAAUCAUAUCCCAAGCGACGAAGAAGUUAUCAUUCAAGCGCUACAGAAAGUAGACAUGGAGACGGAGGAAUUGUCUCUAAACUUUUUCGACCACGUAAUGUCUUUCAUAUUGAAGAGAACAUCCAAAUUAAGAGAAGGUGAUACUUGCGUUGAAAACACUACAGAAAGUAAAAGCCAAAAAGGGAAUCCAUCACACAUGAACCAUUUUCUUCUCUUAAUUUAUGAAAAAAUAAAAAGUCUAUACACGAAACUGAUAGGGGAAAUGCUUGCUAAGGAACAAACCAGUAGAAACAAUAUUGAAUCCUUUGUCUAUGUCCUAAAAAUACUAAUUCUGUUGAUCAUCACAAACUAUAGGAAUAGCAACAUAUGCAAAAGAAUAUACAAGGAGAGGUACUUUUAUCUGUCCCACUUGUUUUGCUUCUUUUUCUACGAUAAUGAAAUUGUUAGAGCUUUGUCCAUCAGCUUGAGUUUCUACUUGAUAUUCGAUCAAAACAUCUUGCUAUUGAACAAGCACAGGAUAUUCCUCGAACCGCAUUUGUUACAAGAAGAGAAAUGUAGAAAAGGUGAAAUGGGCUUAGAAAGGGAUGAAUAUUCUCCUAAUUGGUUAACUGAAAAAAUUAACUUGCCUCAUCACACCUGCACAAACAUGUUAGAGAAUUCCUUAAUAAACGAAGUGAAGGUAGAAUAUAUGGAGGGGUACUACAAAGAGGGUCGUAAAAGUAUCAUUAACAAGUGUGGAGACGGAGAAGAUAUACUCCAUCGAGAGACACCUAAAAUGUAUGAUAAUAUCUUCUUUAAUCUACACAGAAAUAGAUACAAGAGAAAAGACACAAGCAAGAAUAAAUAUUUUGAUAAGGAAAUACAGGCCAACCAGAUGGACGAUGUAAACAAGGCCUCAUUUCAUAUAGAGAAAAAAAUCCUUUUCUUUCUUCCCUUUUGGCUUUAUAAAAAACUGCAACCAAAUAAUUUUCUGCUAAAUGUUAAAAAGUUAAAAUCUUUUUUUUCCUUCUCAACCAAAUAUUCCUAUCUGCAUGAGUUCCAUGACGCAAAAUUAAAUUCCAAGGCAAAGGAAUUAUCCUUUUACGGGAACUACAACGCGGAUAAUAUAUUCAGAUCCUACUUCCUCUUCCUUAACAAGUAUUAUCAUUUGUCAAGAAGGUUGAGCACUGCGCCAAUUAGAAUGUCACCGAGUGGAACAGCCACCAUUGGAAGUUCCUCUGACCCUUUGGCCCACAGAAGUUGCAACCAGUCCAUUUGGAGAAGCAUCAUAGAAUCGAAUGAUAAAUUAGAGACACCAAGAUUUCCCAUUUCGAAUGUGAAUUCUUUUCUUUUUUUGAAUGCUAAAGUGGAUAUAAAGCACACUUCCGUAAAUGGGUCGACUUCCUACAUUUCCAAUUUGAUAAAAGUAUUAAAGGUCUUGCCACCUAUAAACGACUCUGCAGAUAAGGAAACGAACUUUUCUUACAUCUACAAUUUGAACGAGCUAUUUUUCUACCUGAACAACUGCUACAUGCAAUUGCUGUGCACAGAAGGUUCCACCAUAUAUCCUGCGGAAGGGUGGAGCGCAUACAACCAAGUGAGCUACGCAACAGGUGAGGAAUCAGCCAAAAGGGAUGAUGUUCAAGUACCAUCAACAAAAAGAAAAAAUAUUCUAAAUGGAUCAACACAAAAGAAUAAUGAAGAAAAUACCAAUGCAAGAAGCACCAAAAACAAGCAGACACAUUACCUCCUCCAAAGCGACUACGAUGAAAUGAUGAGUGCCAUACAUUUCGUUUACACCACCAUUUUCCCCUAUAUUAACAAGCUCCUUUUUUUUAUGUACAACCAAUUGACAAUAAAUAACAAGGGCCAAACUUGGACGAGAAAUGUGAGGAAUGAAACAAGCGCAAGCAUAAGCACAAGUACGAGAGCAAGUGUCGUCAUUCAUUCGAACCUCCUGUUACUGAAAUAUUUAAUAAGCAUCUUAGAUGUAUGCCUGUACAUACAGUUAAUACUAGAGAAAAAAAGAAACAUGGAAGGAAAAAUUCACCACCUAGAUAAUAAUAUAGACCUUUCCCUUUUCGUCUACAAAUUGCUCUUCAUAUCCUUUACUACAUCAUCUUUGAAGAAUAAAAUUUCCAGCUUCUCCCUCAACUUGCUUUACAAUUUUGUGCAUCUGGAUAAUUACUACGUUAGGAUGAAGAAUAGCUGCCAUGAUAAUCUAGCCAUUAUUAAUGAUCGUCUAGCUUGCACGAACCCUAUUGAUAGAACUAGCGACCACCUUGAUGAUAGUAACUUCAACUUGAUCGACGAUGGAGGGGGAAACCCCAUGCUUCUCAAAGAGCAACGACGAAUCAGAAAUAGGAAAAUGGAGAGAAGGAAAAACUUGUCCAUUCUUGUCAACUUUCUUUUCUUCAUACUUUCCAAAUAUAGGAAAAGAAAAAAAAAAGUUAACAAAGGAGAUCCAACUGAGGAAAACGCAAACAACAACGUCUACUCCAACAUAAUAAAUGUUUACGAAAUGGAGAAGACCAUUAAUGUAGAAAAUGCCACAUUUCAGAACCACGAACAGCAGUAUCUAAAAUUAGAUAUUUACUUUGUGAAAAACGUUUUGUCUAUGCUUCACGUAGUCUUGAGGCGAGGCUAUUUUUUUGACGUGCACUUGGUCAAUGAAGACCUAUUAAGCAUAAACAUGGAAGUGCUAAUGCAACAUGAUUUCGCGCCUUUCACGCAGAGGAGGGAAGCCUACCAAACGAAGUUAAAGGGUACUUUGCAAAAUGCCUCAGAGGAGAACGCAGAUGAGGGUAAUAAAAAACAACCAAGAAGCGACAAACAAGAGAUGGAAAACAACAAUGUUGGAACAUAUCCCAAAGGAAGGAUAAACUUACGCAUCUUCAAACAAAUUUUCCUAAACAAAUACAUGAGCACGCUGAUAAACUUCUGCAACAUUUACAACGACAUCAUUAUAGAAUGUUUGCAUAUCCAACUGCUACUCCUUUUUUUCAAAUAUAUCCUUCAAGUAUUCAAGUACCAAAUCUGGAAACAGAAUCUUAUUAAAGAUUCCAACAGUUCGAAGCAACAUAUCUUAGUUCAUUUUCUAAAAUACUACAAAGCGGACAAGGAUGUGUGUAAAUUUAUUAAAAGGAUUUAUUUUGUCAUUUUAAAAUAUGCAAUAUAUAUGCAGAAUAUUCGUAUUUCUGAAGAUGUGCAUAUUCCUUUCAAUGGAGAGAAAAAUAUCCCACGGGAUAAAGAUGCACACACGAGCGUUGAUCAACAGAGCGACCUGAUCAACAAACAUAACUAUCAACUGAAGGAGGAAGCUAUUUACAAAAAUUACUGUCAACUGUUUUACAACUACACGAUAAGUAAGUUCAAAAAUUGUCUUGCGAUCCAUCAGGACGAUGGAUAUAUGCAUCCGAGUGAUCACUACGAGGAAGAGGAUGAUUAUAUCAAAGAAAGAAUUUACAAACAUCAGCAGAACCAGGUGGCCAACUCCAACUAUAUCUGCAUGAUUGAUAUGUACUGUCCUCAAUGUGAAGAAACUAAAAUCCUAUUCCUAUCCAUUGUACUAUUUUUGAGCUUUCUAUUAGACAACUUUCCUUUUUUUUUCUUCCUAAAUGGAAGGGAUAACCAAGCAGAUGAAGGGAACAUUUGGAACCAUAACACGAAAGAUAACAUGGGAAUUUUGUGCGAACGUAUUUUCCACUACUUGGGCAAAAAAAACAUCUACAUCAAUUUCUACAAUUUAAAAGAAGCCAAAUUGUUUGAGAAAUACUUUUUUAAAAUAUUCGUAAAAUUGUUAUUCUGCAAUGAGAGGGAAACGAUGAAUAACUUGCAAAAGUACAAAAUAUAUUUCUACAACAGAAAACUUGAAUCCACUCACCAGGGUGGGAAGACCGACAAAACAGCUGCAAAUAUCAGUACGUCAAGUAUAACGGAAAGCCAACCGAUCAAUCUCAAAAAUAGCGAUGAAAACAAAACGAACAAAGACAAUGAUAUAAAAAAGGGAGGCAAACAAAUGGACACACUUAUCACUGACCAGGCAUAUACACAUCACCUGCAGGAAGAAGGGAGUCCCAUAUUUACACAAAACAUAAGCCAUGAUAAUCACUUUUAUCUAAAUCAUUUCCUCAACUACUUCUUAUUUCAAAAGAAGAAAAAAAACAACUUGGAACUUAUAUAUGACAAAAUUUAUUAUUAUAUCCUCAUCGUCAGCAUGUGUUUCAAAGAUCGAAACUUCCUAGCCUUGUUGCUAUCCCAAAAUGAGAACUUCUUCCUCGAAUUCAACCGAAUGAUACAACACUAUUUGAAAUACGUUUUAAAAAACAAGCAAGAAAUAAAUAAAAAAAAAAAAAAAAAUGAAGUCAUGAUUCAUAACUUGUUGUAUAUAUUCGUCUCCUAUAUAUACAUAUACCUUAACGAACUUUACAACAUUUUUUUUACACAAAUAAAAAAUGUCCUCACUCUUCCUUCCUUUUUUCAAAACAUCAUAUAUGUGGAUAGGAAAACGGUGGACCUAAAUGGACGGGAAAUAAUUAACACACACAUAAAACCAGAGAACACAUCAGUGGAGGCCCUUUACAAUACUUUAAUAAGCAUGAAAAAAAAGAAUUGGAACCAGAAUUUAGAAAAUUACACGGACGAAAAUAUAAAAAAUGUAGUAGUACAUAACAUUUUUCACAAUAACAAUAUAUACUUAUUCAUUUUGUACAUUAUAAAUGAUAAUAAAUACAAUGACAAAACAGAAGGUGGAAGUAGAGACGAAAAAAAAUUACCCAAUCGGAUAGUGUCUUCCUGUUAUGAAGAAAAUCAUCAAUGUGACUGCCCACAACCAAUUCAUCUGGAUUUUAAAAAAAAUGAUAAAAUAUUUUUAAACAAAAUUACCACAAAUAUUGUCCUAUUCUUCCUUUUAUUUUUUUACGAUUACUAUUCAUUCAAUUACGAAAUAAAGGAAAAUAUUCUCAUGCAAAUUGCCAGACAUAUCUUGGAACAUUUCGCUACCUUGUACAAUUCUGACCUCCUCAACAUUCAUUUGAACUACGCUCAAAUGCUCAAAACGGCUAACUUGAAAAGGAAAAAAACACAGCUACCUGGACAGUCGUUAUGCCGAAUAAAUCGGUACUUGAAGAAGUCGGCGGGGGACAGCCCAUCCAAGGAGACAACUGCCCCCGAUGGCAACAGGCAAGGUGAGGAGAAAAUAUAUUCCUCUCACCAGAAAUUUGUGAAGUGUUCUCGUGCGAGUAUUGCCCUGGCGAGGAUAAGGGAAGAGGGACGUAAAAAGAGGGGGGAAAUGCAGAAAGGCCAGACCAUGCGGGGAGAUGCAAAAAUGGGAGAUGCAAAAAUGGGAGAUGCAAAAAUGGGUGAUGCAAAAAUGGGUGAUGCAAAAAUGGGUGAUGCAAAAAUGGGUGAUGCAAAAAUGGGAGAAGACUCUCACUAUCAAAAUGCGCACAAUAAAGAUUUGCGUUACGAUGAGAGCUGCCCCCCUGAGGAGCAGCCCCCGUGCGGAACCCCAAAAGAACCCAGCGAGCCCGGACAAGAGGCCCAGCCGCACAUACAACUAAUUAUCAGACUAGUCGAAAAACUGAAAAGAAACAAAAAGCUCCUAUUCCUGUACACCAUAAACUGCUUCAGAAUAAUACAAACGUAUAGCAAUGUCUCCUCGCUCAUGUUUAAAUACAAAUAUAUAUCGACCCUCCUCCAGAAGCUUGCAUACUUGACGGAGAAAAAUGUUGUAGAAUCUGUUUGGAAUUCAUUCCAUUUUUACCUGAACAGCAAUAACAAAAAUGAAAUAACUGCUUACAACGAAAAAGAUACAUUACAAGUAGAUAAAGAAAUUGGCUACCUUUCCUACAUGUACCUAAACUACUUGUUCAAAUUUAUGUCUUGUUUUCUCCUAUAUGAUGUGGCAACGUUGUACAUGUUCUGCUCGAACAUGCUAAAUGGAUUGGACACUCUGAACAGUCACUUAAAGGAGCUUAUGGACAAUAAGAAGGGCACAUACCUCUGCUCGGUUAUUUUGAAAUUUUACCUUACCAUAACCAACUCCUACUUCUUUGAUUUCUCUCUAUAUGAUAAUGCGCUCGGCCCGAUGAACCACGAAAGGGGGACAAGUCGCAACACGGAAAUGGACUCCCCACAGGAGGUCAUAACGAUACAACUUAUUGAUGGUUUGAGAAAAAAGAAAAGAAAAGAUAAGGGAGAAAUAACUUACUUCUUAUGCGUUAAAAAGUUGAGUAGCGAAUUUUGUAGGAGCAAAUUUCUACACUUUCUAAUUAACUACGUUAUGAACAACCUUGGUAAUAACGUAAACAAAGCCAAGGUAGAAAUUAAACAGAGCACCCACCUAAUCUGUCUGAUUCUGCAGUUAUUGAGUUACCAAAUAAUUUUUAUAGAUAACAAAAAUGAAAUUUUAAAGCUCGCUAAUGUGUUAAUUAAAUACAUCAAGAAGAAGGACCCAUGUCUGGUCACGACGUACUAUAUAAUUUUAUUCUUCAAUUCCUGUUUUAUCAACUCAUCCUUGGACGAGAGAAUAAUAACAUUGCUAUUCAGUUUCGAAAAAAAUGAUAACAUUUGGUUUAACUUGAUAUUCUUGCAAAACAGUAAAAUUAAAAGAAGCAAAGAAAUAUUACUCCUAAUCAAGUUCUCCAUUUUACAUCUCUACCUGCUAUUACUAAAAAAUAAAAACUCUUUCAAAAAAUGCAUCCUCUGUAUUUCUGGUGACUUAAACAUAUACUUCGUUUUCAUAUACGUCCUCAACGAGAUAUAUGAGUACUUCAAAAGUUGCAACAUCGAAUGCAGUCCAUUCCGAGCAACGAACAUAAAUCAGCAUGAAAAGAGCAAAAAUGAAAAUACAAAAAGGGAGAAGUAUAACAAGUAUUUCUACCUGUACGCAGAACUCCUCGUUAUCAUCACAGAAAUGAUUAAAAUAAUGAAUACUAAUGAUGUCAAUAAAUACAUCACCAUUCAACAUAACAAGGAGAAAGACAACUUGGUCUUACAAUUUAAAAAUUUGUACAGAAAAAUAAAAAACGAAUUAAAGCAGUUCGAGCAAUCAAUAAAAUUGAUAAAGUAUCUCAUAUUUAUUCACCCCCUUAUGAUUAAUAUACAUGAACUGCACAAGUUCUACUUAUGCAUAUACAUAAAGGAGUACCACUACUUCCACAAGGAAUUUUUUAAAUACGAUAUGUUCCUAGCAGAUUAUUUGAGCCUACUUCGGGACAAAAGGAAAGCAAAAAUCUCUAACAUGGGGACAGCUCAACGAGGUUCGGAAGGCAAAGAAACAGGGAAAGUUUCUUCCGAGACGGCCCCAAAGCAAACAUACCAUUUUUCGAAUGAUGGAAUGACGAAAAAGGACAAUAAAGAUAUUUCUCCCCAUGCGUUAGUAGAUGUCGCACAAAAAGGGACCACCUUCGAAAAAGAUAAUAUGCACUUUUAUUUUUUUUUCAACACUCCAAAGAAUUAUAAUUACCAAGUAAACAAUUUAUGUUCUUCUAUCCUUCAAAAUGAGUUUCAGGGUUCCCUCAGCAAAUUUUUUUCCUCCUCUAGUAACCGAUGUGAUAAUUCUGACACCCGUUUGCAAUACAACACUGAUCAGAUUAAAAUUUACGCUCACUACAUUCAUGAUAGUGUUAAUUAUGCUAUUGAAUUUUUUAGUUCCUUCUGA